AUUUUCUUUAAAUUCGCAGAGCUGCUCGGGUCUUGAAGUUUCUUUCGCAGCACGAAAGCCGCAGUAACAGCCAGGCCUCUCGGAGGUGCCCACUUUAACCCGUUCCCGAAGGAUGGCUGUCCCUAUAGCAGUGUACCUCUUGGUUGCUUCCAUGCUGCUUUUGCCUGUAGUCAAGUGUGACAGCAUUAACUUCUAUAAUAUCAGGCCUCCUGUGGAUGCAACUCCAUAUCCCAAAAGCUUCAAGUGCUUCACGUGCGAGCAGGCCUCCGACAACUACAGCUGUAAUCGCUGGGCUGAAGACAAGUGGUGUCCUCCGAAUACGCAGUACUGCAUGACCAUACAUCAUUUUGGUCGACACGAGAAAACUAAGUUUGUAACGAAAAGGUGCGCUUCAUUCGAUGACUGCAACUUGACUGGAUGCCGACAUCACGGGAACACACACCACACGGAGUGUGUGUCAUGCUGUGAGGGCAUGGCGUGCAACGUGGAGCUUCCUACUAAUCACACCAACGCUGUGUUCAUGCGGAUUCAGGACUUCGGCUCAUCCUCGUCGCACAGCAGCAGAAGCUGGACUCCCUUAUUUCUACUAACUGCAGCCCUCAUAGCGCCGUUACCUUUGUGACAAUAUUGCCAAGCUGCUGAGAUUGCACAAUAUCCUGCUGGAAUACCACUGGCACACCGCUAAAAGGUUUCCACGAGUCUUCAAGAAAGCAGGAAGUUCCUCCUGCCUCGUCAGUGUCGGAGGUAUAAAAGCAGCCAAUCGUAACAGCAAAGCUGUCUCACUGACCUGACCGAAAGUCCAGCCAAUCAGAAUCGGUGCACAGAGUCCAAACCAAGAAGACUUUGCCAUUGUCAACUGUUUGCGAGUGACAGACAUGCAAAAUAGGAUGGACAAAAGGAAUCAUUUAGCUGCAAGGAUGUUGAGUCCCCAAAUAAUGCUUCAUUGGGUUUGUAUUGACCCUGUUGAAGGACAUGUACAGGACUGAGGGGUUCUGGGAUGGUGGCACGACUUUGUCCGGUGGCUCAGAGCCCAGACACUGUCCCAGAAAAACCCUAACAAGAGGACCAACUGCAAAACCCUCUCUCUUCUAGAACUCUCUGGAAGAGGUCUGGCAGGAAGGCUUCGAGAAGGUGGACAGACUCUUUUUCAUGUUUAAUGGUCACAUUUUGCUUUAGAAAUCUCACAGAGACAAAGCAUGGGACUAACAGUGGUAGGACGCUUUGAGAUGUUUAACAGAUAUUCAGCAAUAUUUAUGAAUAA